AUGCUUUUUCUAUUUGCUAUUGCUGCUCUUUUGGUAACAUCGAUUGUUGGCGAUUCAUGUGAAUCAUACAGUCAUCCUCAAUAUGGCAAAACUGGCAAAUGUAUUCAAACUUCUAAAUGUCCAAAUUCUAAUUAUAUAUCGAAUCUAUGUGAAAGUCAACCAGCUGAUAUAAAAUGUUGUUUUUCAGCUGGAACAACGACUGGAACUGGCAAUUGUCCAAAUAUUAUUAGCCGUGCUGGUUGGGGAGCUCGAGCAGCAACAAGUAAAACAAACAUGGCUACUCCUGUUUCCUAUGUUGUUAUUCAUCAUACAACUGGUGGUACAUGUACAACAAAAGAUUCUUGUAUAUCAAAGAUGAAAGGAUUUCAAAAUUAUCAUAUGGAUAGCAAUGGUUGGGCUGAUAUUGGAUAUAAUUUUUUAGUUGGUGAAGAUGGAAAUGUUUAUGAAGGACGAGGAUGGUCAUUAGUUGGUGCUCAUUGUAUUGGUUAUAAUUCUAAAUCUAUUGGCAUUUCGGUCAUCGGAGAUUAUACUUCUCUUAAACCAAAUACUGCAGCUUUAAAUGCAGUAAAAGCUUUGAUUCAAUGUGGUAUUUCUAAAGGUAUUAUUCAAAGUAAUUAUAUCCUUCGAGGACAUCGUGAUCUUGAUAGUACAAGCUGUCCAGGCAAUACUUUCUAUGCAGAAAUAAAAACUUGGCCUGCCUAUCGAUCAGUUCAACGAAUCGGAUCAACUCCUUCAUUCAAUACUCCUGAAGAUUAUCUUGUUAUGCAAGAUAUGUAA